AUGGAAACAAUUCUCAAACAGCUCAUACGGGCCGGCACACCGAAUACAGCAAAUUGGGAAGAAUGGAUUUGGAAUUUUGACGGCCUUCUUACCCUUGCUGAGUACGAUACAAUCCUCUUUGCCAAAGAUCCAAGCACCAAAGCACGCAUCCCACGACCUGGCUAUGCAGAUCCAACAAAGCCAACGCCAGAAGAAAUAUCUGCACAGAAAACCUAUGAUGAUGCAAAUCGUCAGGUGGCCGCAUGGUUACGCACUGCAGCCGGCCAGGAACACCGACAUAUCCUCGAAAAGACACCUUCUGACGGUGUGGCAAUUUACGAUGCGCUUUUCGAGCUCUAUGCCAAAAAGGAUGAAAGCAUGCGCUUCAGAGCAUGGAAUGAACUGCUUUCAAUCCGCAAGCAAUCAACAGAGUCAUGGGCAGACCUGGUCAAACGUGUGGACGACGCCACCCAUGCACUUGACCGUCUCCGCCCAGCCGAUUGGGACAUACAGAAGGAGACAGAGGAACUCAAGGCAUUUACACUACUCAAUGCCAUCCCCACUGAGCAUCAGCUGCGCACCAGCAUUGUCGUUUCCAACACAAUCAAUUACAACAAAAUCAAAACAGCAAUGCUCCUAUUCAACACAACGACACCAGAAUCGCAGGACGUAGCACCCGAGGUUGCUGCCGCCGUUACCACGCCAUCAAAAUGCCUGUUUUGCCUGAACAUCGGCCAUUUUGUCAAAGAUUGCCGCACAAUGGUCCGCUUCCAGCAGAUGUACCUGAAUGAGCGCGCCGAGCGACGAGCCGGUACCUCCGGAACCCAGCCACACCGAGCACGUGGACGCAGUGAUCGGAGCUCUGCUCCAGGACGGUCACACCAGGCACAUGCUGCGCAAGCAAUCGACAAGCCUACGGAGGUCGAAUAUGCUGGAAAUGCAAGUUUGUCCCAAUUACCCGUACCUACAGCAGCUGACAGCUGGAUUGCUGAUUCAGGAGCCUCCUGCCAUAUGACACAUCGUCGCGAGUGGCUCACUGGCUUCUUGGAGCGCAGGACUCCUGUAAAGCUAGCUGAUGGAUCAAUCACUUUUGGUACGGGUAGGGGAAUGGUCACGUUUAGGCCACUGCUAGAUGGAAACUCGACAGUUCCAUAA